GCCCGCCGCGUUCAGCCGAGCAGCUCAGCUCUUCCGGCCCGGCGUUCGCUCCUCCGCCUGCACCUUCCGCACGGCGCCGGCUCUCCCCCGGCGCUGUUCCAUCGUCCGCGGCCCUUGCGGCGCCCGAGCCCGCAAUGUCGGGCCCCAACGGGGACCUGGGCGUGCCUGUGGAGGCGGGCGCGGAAGGCGAGGACGACGGCUUCGGGGAAGCAGAAUACGCUGCCAUCAACUCCAUGUUGGACCAGAUCAACUCCUGUCUGGACCACCUGGAGGAGAAGAACGACCACCUCCACGCCCGCCUCCAGGAGUUGCUUGAGUCCAACCGGCAGACGCGCCUUGAGUUCCAGCAGCAGCUCGGGGAGGCCCCCAGCGAUGCCAGCCCCUAGGCUCCCGGAGUCCCCACCCAGGCCCCUCCCUGGCCAGGCUCUGGCCUGGGCACUCACCACCUGGCUUAGAUACCUUCUCAAGGGCUGGCCUGCGGGUCCCCUGGUGGGUCUGCCUGCCUGGGCCACCUUUCUCGUAUUCCUCUUGGGGUGCCUGAGCCAGCCCACACUGCCCAGCAUCCCCUCCUGGGGCCAGGAGUAUGCCCACAACCCACCCACCUUGUCUGCCUGCCCAAUCCCUGGGCACUCCCCACUCUGCCCAGGCCUUGAGCGUCCACAUUAAACGGGGCUCCAACACCA